GGGGACCCUCGGGAAAAACCGAGUGCCCCGACCCUGCGGCCGGCCCCUUCCCCUAGGCUCUCUCCGCUCGAUUUCGCCACCGCUAUGUGGGAAGCGAAUCCGCCUGAUUUGCAGGAAGUAUCAUUGUCUGCCGGUUAACCGGAAGAUCAAGCUGAGGAUGGCAUCCUGGCUGAUCGAACCCAUCUCACUGACGUUUAUUGACUGCCUCCUCCCUGGUGGACAGCUUGCGCACUCUCCUUUCGUUGCCUAUGAAUGUAUUCUAACCUCGAUACAUUACUUCUGUGGUUACAGUAUUUUAAAGGAGAUGUUUCACAAAGCAGAAGAAAUCUUACCCAAGACGGCAGACAGCGAGGUGGAUGAGAUGGACACGUCAGACACGCAAUGGGGCUGGUUCUACUUGGCGGAGUGCGGCAAGUGGCACGUGUUUCAGCCGGAUACCAACAUUCAGUGUUCAGUUAGCAGUGAAGAUAUCGAAAACAGCUUCAAAGCAAACCCUUGUGGCUCCAUUUCUUUUACCACUUCCAAAUUCAGCUACAGGAUAGACUUUGCAGAAAUGAAGCAGAUGAACCUCACCACGGGGAAGCAGCGCUUAAUAAAAAGAGCCCCCUUUUCCAUCAGUGCUUUCAGUUACAUCUGUGAGAACGAGGCCAUCCCCAUGCCGCCACACUGGGAGAACGUGAACACUGAGCUGCCCUACCAGCUUAUUCCUUUGCACAGUCAGACACACGAAUACAAUGAAGUCGCUAGUCUCUUUGGGAAAACAAUGGACCGCAACAGAAUUAAAAGGAUUCAGAGAAUUCAAAACCUAGACUUGUGGGAGUUCUUCUGCAGAAAAAAGGCUCAGCUCAAGAAAAAAAGAGGCGUGCCUCAGAUUAAUGAACAAAUGCUGUUCCACGGCACCAGCAGUGAGUUCGUGGAGGCGAUUUGCAUUCACAACUUUGACUGGAGAAUCAACGGCAUCCACGGCGCUCUCUUUGGGAAAGGAACCUAUUUUGCUCGAGACGCUGCUUACUCCAGCCGCUUCUGCAAAGAUGAUGUAAAGCACGGAAACACAUUCCAGAUCCACGGGGUCAGCCUGCAACAGCGGCAUCUGUUCAGAACACACAAAUCCAUGUUUCUCGCCCGAGUGCUGAUUGGAGACUACAUAAAUGGAGACUCCAAAUAUAUGCGCCCUCCCUCCAAAGACGGCAGCUAUGUAAACUUGUAUGACAGCUGCGUGGAUGACACCUGGAAUCCCAGGGUUUUUGUGGUGUUCGACGCCAACCAGAUCUACCCCGAGUACCUGAUAGACUUUCACUGAUUUCACAUCCAGGUCACCACGGUUGAGGGAGCAAUAUUCUUUUUCACAGGGAGGUCUGCUCACCGAUCAUCUAGCCACUCAGUGUUAAUGCUCUGAUCCUUUUGAAGCAGAAAGAGGCCUCUCUGUAAAAAGACACGCUGACUUCAUGGUUGGUUUGUUCUGUUUCCGUUUGUCACUGACGUUUGUUAAAGCGCAAUACCACUGCUGUUUAGAGGCGGUGCUCAAAAUGGAAUGGUCUGAGUCACUCCAUCUUUAAAGUUUCCAUGUGUGUCUUUAGGAUGAAUGUUUUCAGUUCAAGUAGACUUAUUCCUAUAUAUGAUAAAAAAAAUAAAAAUGUAGACAUAAAAAGUGUCCCUUCAGAGGAACUGAGCCUUUGUAAACAAAUUCUGAAAUGGUCAUCCACUGAUCUACGUGUUGCUUUGUUAGUCCUUGGGAGGAUGGGAGGCAGUUUAAAACCUUGAAGCAGCCUGAGUAACUUGAGAGAAAUCAGACACAAAAAGAAUCACUGGCAGUGCUGCCAAGCAGGCCAGAAGGAGAGGAUCAAGACAGGGUACCCUCUCCUGAUGCCUUUGGGACAGCCAAAGAGUUCCCGCGGGGUGUAAGUGGCCUUGCUCACCUCUUCUGCCUCCUGCAGCCCAACUGACUGCAAUCAGCAGGCACCUCAUCCCCUAGAGCUCCCCAAUUCUUAUACCCAGACUCACUGCACAAGGUACUUAUUGCAUCUUCAAACGGAAAUUUUUUUUACAACACAUGUUCUUGUUGUUCAGUCACUCAGUUGUGUCCAACUCUUUGUGACCCCAUGAACUGCAGCCCUGUCCUUCACUGUCUCCCAGAAUUUGCUCAAACUCAUGUCUAUUGAGUCAGUGAUGCCAUCCAACCAUCUCAUUCUCUGUUUCCCCCUUCUGCGCUCAAUCUCUCUCAGCAUGAGGGUCUUUUCCAAUGAAUUGGCUCUUCACAUCAGGUGUCCAAAGUAUUGGAGCUUCAGCAUCAGUUCUUCCAAUGAAUAUUCAGGGUUGAUCUCCGUUAGGAUUGAUUGACUUAAUCUCCUUGCAGUCCAAGGGACUCUCAAGAGUCUUCUCCAGCACCAAGCAUGUACGUUCCCUUUGUUUCGGGGCCUUACAGUGAUUACUUCUAAGAGAUUUUUAGUCUGAUCCUCCCCCCCCACCAA